ACCUGCGCAAUCGAAAGGGCGCGUUCGCGCGCGGCCGCCGCCGCCGCCGCGUCCGCUUUGGUCCGCUUUUCCCUCGCGAAUCGACGAUUCAACGGUGAAUUUUCUUGAACGGACGAACGAACGAGAAAUGAUUUCUGGUAUGUUGGCGACGAGUCUAACCAUUGGCGGCGUAAAAUGUAUGUCGUUCGUGUUUCGAGAGCUCAGCCGCGGAAUCCGUUCGCUUCGCCAAGGAGCGUUUGCGUCGAGAGGAAUGAAUCGCGAGGUAAUGAAGUUCCGAGAAGCUCAACCAUCCUUAUUAGCAAAUCAUCUGUGGUCAGAAUGUUUGCGUCCAGGGGAAGAACCGAGCCCCGCGGGGAACAUCGACAUCUGGAGACGAGAGGUCAGAGGCGCGGGUAGAUCGCUUCGGGCACCGCGGCCGCGGUGCCGGGGUACGCGGCGAUACGGAGGCGGCGGCGGCGGCAGCGGUGCAUAGCGCAAAAGUAAAUUCGCGGCUGCCGGAACAGUUCGCGGCCGCAGGUGAGCGAGCGAACGACCCGCUGCUCGAGAGAGUCCGGUGACUCGUGCGAGACGCGCGCGGACGCGGACUCGCAUACUCGUGCUCGCCCCGGUUGUACUCCCGAUCCCACCGGCGACGCCGCGGAUCCGUUUCGGCGUGGAUCCGCACUCGCGCGCGAGAUAGCGUUUCGACGGCAGGUUGAAAGGAAAAGAAGAAGAAGAGGAAGAGGAAAAUCGCGAAGAGCGAAGAGUCGCGCGGGACGGACGAGCAGUAGGCACGCGCGUCGUCGUCGUCGCGGACGAUGCGCGUCGCGGAGCCGAGCCUGGUCAGCGCGCCUCAUACCACGGACGCAUCUCACAGGGGGUCGCAGUGCGAACGAGCUCCCGACAGGAUGGAGUCCACCUGAGGAGGAAGUUUCUUACAUCUGCGCGUUUACAAAUCAGUUCAACACGCGUCCCGUCCGAAUUGCACGCCUCGUCUAGCCCGCCGAUCCCUCACGGAGGAUCGCAUCAUGGCCAAGUACAACGUCAACGAGGAAUACGAUAUGGAGAACCGCAGGGAGGUCACGCUCACCGGCUUCAGCAGCAACGCGCUCGACGACGUUCUUCGCAGCAACAAUAACGAGCCGAACACGUUGAACGGUAAUCCCAGCAGUGCUCACGCCAUCACCAAAGACGCGAAGAUUGUUAAUCUCGAGGUACCACAAGAUUCUGGCAGGAAUGCUCUAUGUACAUCCGGUAGAAGGUGGCUCUACCGACGGGCUAGAAGGUCUUGCAGGAAAAAACUACUAUUCAAAAGAAUACCGAUCCUAACGUGGCUGCCAAAUUAUCGGAAAGAUUACAUAGUGAACGAUCUAGUAGCUGGUAUUACUGUAGGCCUCACCGUCAUCCCUCAAGCCAUAGCGUACGCUAACGUCGCGGGAAUACCGUUACAGUAUGGGCUCUACUCGUCUUUCAUGGCCUGUUUCGUAUACACAAUUUUCGGCUCUUGGAAAGACGUGCCUGUCGGGCCAACCGCAAUCAUCGCGAUUCUAACGAGGGAAACUUUACAAAAGGCCCACCUAGGACCUGAUUUCGCCGUAUUGUUGUGUUUCGUCUCGGGCUGCGUCUCCUUAUUAAUGGGCAUUUUGCAAUUAGGCUUCUUACUGGAUUUUAUAUCGGGGCCAGUAUCCGUUGGUUUCACGUCGGCGGCGUCGAUUAUCAUUGCUACCAGUCAAGUAAAGGAUAUUCUUGGACUCAAAGUUUCCGGUACCAAGUUCGUGCAGGUCUGGCAAAGUAUCUUCGAGCAUAUCGGCGAGACGAGAGGCUGGGAUACCGCUUUGGGAAUUGUCUGUAUAAUCGUUCUUCUACUUCUCCGAAAAGUGAAGGAUAUACCAGUAGUUCCGAAAAAUACUAAAGUACCGUCGCGACUUCAACAACUUAUCACGAAGUCGUUCUGGCUUAUCUCCACUGCCAGAAACAUUAUCGUCGUGAUCGUUUGCGCAAUAAUGUGUUAUCUCCUCGAGAAGCACCUGGGAGAAUCACCCGUUAUUUUAACGGGACACGUAAAGCAAGGGCUUCCGGAAUUCAGUUUACCACCCUUCGAAGCUCAGGUCGGGAAUGAGACCUACCAUUUUAUCGAUAUGAUUUCUGCUCUGGGCACUGGCUGCCUAAUCGUUCCCAUGCUCAGCCUGCUAGAAACGAUUUCCAUCGCUAAAGCGUUCUCCGAAGGCAAAUCGAUAGACGCGACUCAGGAAAUGUUGGCGUUGGGUGCGUGCAAUGUGGUAUCGUCAUUUGUGUCUUCAAUGCCCGUGAGCGGCGGCCUCAGCCGAGGCGCGGUCAACCACUCGUCCGGGGUGAAGACAACGCUCGGUGGAGUCUACACCGGGCUAUUAGUGCUUAUAUCGUUGCAGUUUCUCACACCCUAUCUGUACUAUAUACCCAAAGCUGCCCUGGCGGCCGUCAUCAUUGCCGCGGUCGUCUUUAUGGUGGAAUUCCAAGUAGUAAAGCCAAUGUGGCGAAGUAAAAAAAUUGAUCUCAUACCGGCCAUAGCCACGUUCUUGUGUUGUCUUUUCAUACGACUCGAACUGGGUAUCGUUAUCGGCAUCGGUAUAAAUCUUUUGUUCCUACUUUAUGCCUCGGCCAGACCAACGUUACGAGUUCAUAAAGCUACGAGUAUCAGUGGUUGUGAAUAUCUUGUCAUAACUCCGGAUCGAAGUCUAGUGUUUCCAAGUGUCGAAUACGUACGAGCCGUCAUUAGUAAGCAGGGAUUACGAGAGGGUACCGCCGUGCCCGUCGUAAUAGAUUCUACGCAUAUCCAGGCAGCUGAUUUCACCGCUGCAAAGGGUAUCAAAACAUUGAUAGAGGACUUUACUAAACGGGGGCAGCCAUUAAUCUUCCAUAACUUGAAACCGAGCGUUAUCGAGAUCUUCAAAGGUGUGAAACCUUCGGGGCUCACGUGCAGUUCCAGCGAACUCGAGCUUAACGAUCAUCUUAAAGAAUACACGAAUGUAUCAACCGAAACUCUAAAUCGAUACUAAAAAUGUACAGAUGGAAAGAGUUGCGGAUUAUUCGACAUUUUUUUCUUCCCUAGCGAGCAUCAGUAUUGUUUUAUAGUAAAAAUACAAUGUCAUUUUUUUUUCGUUCAAGGCAGUGUUAUUGUAAGGUAAACGCUAUUUUCAAAAAUUAGCUAAUUAAAUAUUUUGUAUAUAUGUACGUAUAUAUAUAUGUUUACGAGCAUAAGUCAUUAUGAAAUUAGCAUGCAUCUUGUAAAUUCAUACGAUGUACACAGCGUAAUAUUUUUGUACUUACGAAAGGCGGAAGCCUAUAUAUACUCCCAAAAUGCAUACUUCCAAUUUAUUACUCUUACUUUCCGAAUUUAUUCAAAUUAGAUAGGAAGUAUAGAAUAAUUCAACGUUAUUGGUAAUACAGUUAAAAAAAUGUUAAGUUUUAUACAAAAUAUAAAAAAAAAGAUUAAAAGACGAAAAAAAAACAACAAACAAAACUUUUUAAUAAUUAUUCGUUUUAAUAGCUUAGAUGAUUUUAAUUUUUAUUUUGAUGAUAAUCUUGACUCUCACAAAGGUUUUUAACUAGUUACUGAUAUUCAACACUUGUUUGCAUACUUGUUAAUAAUUUUUUAAUUUAUUUAAAAUUUUUUCGAUAAUGAGCGACUACAACCUUCUUUUAUUAAUUUUGCGAUUCAAAAAUCAUUUUUUGUCUGUAACACCAAUAUUAGGUCAUCUCUCGUAUCUCAUUGUGUAUUAAAAUAAACACAAAUUGUGACAGCAUUGCAUUGUAAAUAAUUUCACUGUAAAUAUAUAAGAAUUCUACAAAAAAUAUAUGUGCAUUCGAUAAACGCGAGCUGAAGAGAUAUACAUACCUUGAAGAAUCAAUUAUUUCAAAGUAUCGUACAAUUGUUAACGUAUGAUAAUAUAAAAUAUAUACAUGUAUAUUUAAGAAAUUAACAUUAACACUAGUUGACGCUGAUUUCUCGAGCACCUCCGAAAGGAGUCGCUAUGUAGAACGCAGGUGUGCCGGGAUAUCUACAAACGGAAAUUAUUUUAACAUUUAUAUAUAAAACAAAAUAAAGCUUAACUUAAUACAAACG